AACUGAUUUCAAUUUUAAGUCUUCUCUUGGAUGCAUGCCCAUGUGAAAACCACCAUCGUACUGAUAAUGAAACCAGGGCGACAAGUGUCAGUUGGUCCCAGAUUGUAAAAUUAUUAAAGCUUUUUGGUUGUAAAUUAAAUUGACAGGUGUCGGAUUAGUACAAUUAAAAAUAAACUGCACAGCAUAAAAACUAUUUAAUGUCAUCAUUGUUUAAUGAAGUUAAACUUAAAUGACUACUUUUGAUUACUAGAAUGUCGAUUAAACAACACAUCUACUGCACAUUUACUGGUCAGAGCCACAGUUUAGUAAAAAUAAGUCAGAUUUUUCAUCUUUAACAUGCAUAGUUUACAUCAUCCAGACAGCAGCGUGCUUUAUGCCCUGUUCUUAGAGGCUUUCCGUUUAUUCUACUAAGCACCCCAAUAGCCGGGUGUUCUGCGUGCAUGUGUAUUUUGCACACACUCACGGCCGUGUGCUUGUAUUUGUGCAUGCGCUUUUGUGUGCUAAGUGCCCAGUGUGAAGCUCCCUCUGCCUAAAUAUUGGGCUUUUAAUGUCUCGGUAAAUCUUUUGUGUUUAAUCAUUGAGAGCCGGUCAAGUUUCUUUGUGUGUUUAAAGAGCUCAGGCGUGGAGGCCAAUCCGAGUCGGUUGGGCCAGUUUGACUUGGUAUCAAUGCAGAUAACCGCCUCGAUUAUUGAUCUGAUGUGUUGGGGGUGGUGUGAACAAGCCGCAAGGGUCAUCUGUUCAAACAGUGACUGGGUCAGCUUUAGACAAUGAGAAAAGCUAUAACUGGCUACUGUGAAAACAUGAAUAAUGAAUUGGUGGACAAAUCCUUCUUGGUGGUUAGAUUAAAUCAAAUGCUGUGCGCUGUGCACGGCCACAGUGGGCGGUGCAUCAUUCAUUACACCUGAAACAGCUUUCUACGCAUACGUAAUGACAGAUUGAUUUUUUAAAAUGAGUCUGAAGUUCACUUUCCAGCAGAUCCAUCAUUUUCCAGACAACCUGGCAACUCCAUAUUCUCUAAAUGUAAAUGUGUUGAACUGGAGACAUUUUCGAAAUGAUGACAAAUCUUUGCACAAAAAUGCCGCCGCUGUCCUCAGAAGGCUUAAUUGGGAGAACACUGACACUUACAGUUAACGUAUGCUACAGUCUUAAUGGCGCUGUGAGGCUGGGUUCACUUAGUACAGCAGUUUACUCCACUUUUCAUGAAAAAUAACAACAAUCUUGUUAUGGUCCCACUUUGCCGUCUGGAAAUGCAUCUCAAAAUUCAACACUUUGCUCAGUGACCAUGGAACAACUGGGUAAACACCUACGAAUCAAUGCACCUCUUCACCGCUGGCAUUAACAUAUGUUGUGCCUGUUUGGAUUGUGUUGGAAUAAAGCCAGUACACAUAGAAACCCAAGUGCACACAGAAGAUCCAGUUAACCAAACAAUCUCUGGAUGGUCAUUAAGAAACAUAAACCUUACGUGCAGUUUGCUUUAUGCUCUGCAUAUAAGAGCAAAAAGGAAUUUAAAAAGCCAAUCGGUCAAUAAUUAUCAACUGCACGACGAUGCACUGUAUUACUUUAAACUGUUACGGCUUACUAUAAAGAACUUACCACCACUCGACUGUCCGUGUGGGCAGCCGGUGGUACAAAAUGAGGUUCACCAUGUGUCUGCUGUCAGUUAGGCCGCUGCUGCCGAAGAGCCUUUAUUUUCAGCCAGCCGCUCCUAUAAAUAAGAGCAAAUGCAUUCAUUAUACAUAAAGUGCACAACUAUGAACUAAAUAAUAAAUGCAAGUAAAUUAGAAGUUCAUUUUUAUGGAUUGAUGCCAGGAAAGUCACUUUUUACUCUGCAUUCUGCUCACAGAAAUAAACAGGCACCCACAGCAAUAAGGACCAAUAAGGUGAUUUAUUUAAGCUGCAUGUUCGUGCUCUGAAAAUACCUCUGCGUAUACUCGGGGACCUUAUAUAGCAUGUCGCAAGCCUCAUCUCUCACCCUGCAUUCAGCUGUACAGUUGUUGCAUAGGUGCCGUGAGCCUAAAAUAAUGGGCGGCUACAUUAGUGCCCCUUUCUAUUUAUUUUCUUGCACUGCGCUAUUUACAGUAGUGUCAUUACAAACAAACACACAAACUGAAGUAAAAGAGAAAAGAAACGAAAGCAAGGACUUCCUCUGUGAAAGAGCACAUAUGUUCAUAUCUCUGUAAGAUAUGCAAGCAGGACACCACAAAAACACACCAACCUAAUACCCUGUGAAAGAAGAUCAUGGCCAAUGUGACAGCACCGACUAAUAGCACGCAGGACGGCUCAUCUGAUUACAACGAUGUGGAAAUCGUACUACUCGGUGUCGCGAUGGCUAUUCUGGUCCUGGCCAUAGUUUUUGGUAACCUGAUGGUGAUUACAGCCAUCCUGAGGUUCCAGCGGCUCCAGACGGUCACCAACCUCUUCAUCGCCUCACUGGCCGUCGCCGACCUCAUCAUGGGUGUGGUUGUGGUCCCCUUUAGCUCCACUAACAUCCUGCUUGGAUUCUGGAAGUUUGGAAACUUCAUGUGCGCGUUCUGGACGGCAACUGACGUGCUCUGUGUGACAGCCAGUAUCGAAACUCUGUGUGUGAUUGCACUGGACCGCUACCUAGCCAUCACCUCACCGCUCCGCUACCCGACACUGCUCACCAGGGGUCGGGCCUUUGCAGCAGUGCUCGGGGUUUGGGCAGUGGCCUCCCUCAUCUCCUUCCUACCGAUCCACUUGAAGGUGUGGGUGUCGGAUGAUCCAAAAGCAUUGAAGUGCUUAGCAGCAGAAGACUGCUGCGACUUCAACACCAACACAGCGUACGCGGUGUCUUCUUCAAUUGUGUCGUUCUACCUGCCAUUGGUGGUGAUGAUUUUCCUGUACACGCGAGUAUUCCAGGAGGCUCAGAAACAGCUGGAGAAGAUCAGAGGCAGGGAGAGGCUCCUCCAUAACUUGAAUUACUCCACACAGCUGAGUUAUCCUGGUGAUAGCCCUGCAAUGAAUAAACUCAGGGAAGGAACUGAGGUGGGAGAACAAGCGGGAGAGGACAGUCUAAACACGGAGAAAGCGGGAAGUACGGACGCAGAUAAAGUAGAACAAGGGGGGGUGAACAAAGCGAGGACAGAAAAAGCGGAAGGGAAGCAUUCCGCCACAAAACGUCUUAAGUUCUGUGUUAAGGAGCAAAAAGCUGUGAGAACUCUGGGGAUCAUUAUGGGAACAUUCACAAUGUGUUGGCUACCCUUCUUCAUCCUCAACAUCCUCAUAACCUUCCUCAAACUGGGUAACGUCACGGUACCCUUCAGGGUCCUCAACUGGCUAGGAUAUUCCAACUCGGCCUUCAACCCGCUCAUCUACUGCCGCAGCCCUGAUUUCAGGCACGCCUUUCAGGAGAUACUCUGUCUCAGGGGCAGAGGAGGAAGCUGGGGAGGGAGAAGAGGGUGGAGGUGGUGUAGAGAUAAAGAGAUAAAGCCCCCUCGAAGGCGAAACGAGAACUCGGAUCUGACCAGCGUUGGUGGGGUGGAUGUUCAGCAGACUUGGAAAAGCAGCCUGGAGAGCUCAAUUCAAGACGUCUCGCAGACUCUGGGCCCUUCGAGUUUGUGCUCUAACCAGGCCUUAGACGUAGCUCCUGGUUCCCAGAGCAAAUGGCAGGCUAAUAGUUCUGCUAAUAGCUGCAAAGAAAAUCUGUCUUCUAUAGCUUGACCAAUUACAGUAUUUAUAUUGUGUCUGUAUGUCUGUGUAGUUAGCACCAACUUAUUGAAGCUUCUAAUGUUUGUGUUAAGCCCUAUUGGAAUGGGAUUAGUUUUACCUGAGAUCGUCCUAUGAUUCAAAUAUUACCCCCCACAUCUGUGUUUCAUGUGGCGCAUUCACACGCGACAAACAAAUUCUCAAAUUUUUACUCAAAUUUACGUUCAGUUGUUGUGGCUCUGCUACUUUCCGCCUCACUCCACUGCGUGUCAGAUACAGUUUUAAUUACUUUGCAAAUUAUAAUUAAUGAUAAAAAGAUAUUUUUGAUAGUAUUUAUCCCGACCUGUCAGUAUUUAAAUCAGCUCCACCUCAGCCAAUGAACACAUGAAUGAUUGAUUUAAUGGUUUUAUCUGUCUAAACAGACGAGUAGUUCAGCAACAUCUUGACUUUGCGCUCUAACAUCUGUCCAAUCUUUGAAUUAUUGCACAUCCUUCAUGAUUCUCAAGUGAAAAGAGGCAGAAAAAAGCAGCAAAUCAAGUCGCGGAGAAGAAAAAACUCAUCCCUAAAUCACAGAGAUGUUGACUGAAUUAUUAUUAUCAGAGAACCUCUGUGUUAUGAGAAUUAUGUAAUGUAAUCUUUACUUUACACAUCAUGGACGUGGAUGAUUCACACAGGAUUACAAACAACCUCCAUGAUUGUUAGAAAUGACUGGAGGUCCCCAGGUAAAACUAAUCCCGUGCGAAUAGGGCUAUAGGUUCAGACUGACACAUACUCUGUCACAUUUGCGAGGAUUAGACUUGUUAUCUCUGACCCUCUUUGCUGCUGGAGUUUAUUUAUUUUCUUUUGUUUGCAUUUUCUUUUUUUCCAGUCACAAUGUAAAUCACAAGGCAGCUAUGCAGGUAAAUCACAUUUGGCAGUGCCAGCUUGAAAAGAGGUCUGACUUGCACCUUUGAGUGAAUUUCCAAGACGUCACGAUGGAGCUUAUUUUGCUACGACAAUGCUCAUGAACUUUAUCGGCUUCUCCAAAAGUGGUCUUACUACAGGGACACAUCAUGCAUAUUCAUUCCAAAAUCCUCAUGUAUUCAAACCAGUCAAAUCCUCUUACACUGCCAGGCUGGGCAGAGUAAAAAUCAUUCACUCGGUCUCCUCGUUGUUGUGGUUGAAGCCCACGGAUAUUGUAGCAUUAAAAUGUACAGAUCUAUUGUUCUGCUGGUGUCAUUUUGAGCGUUUUAGCUGUGCUUUCCUUAGAAUGUGUUCUGUUUCUACCGACGCGACCAGUUUGGGCAACUGGGACUUACUUUAGGAAGUUUACAUGCUGGAUCUAUUACUCACAAUACAGUGUCAAGCUUUCAGUGCCUUUAAGGCAAUUUUCGUGAACAUCUUCAUUUAAUCAAAAGACUACCUAUGGGCAAGCUGGAGCCCUUUAGGACAAAAACUCACUGAUUUUCACAUAAAUCCACAAGGCACGAAGCACAGGCAGCCAUUUAGCACCAAAUUUGCAGCACUAAUAACCUUUACCACCAGUUUCCAGGUGAAACCUCCAUGAAGCAGAGAUAAGAAGCUUCAUUUUGUUUUCCCCGUGGCUAAAAGUCUUAUUUGAAACAAGGUGACGGCCAGGGUCAUUAUAACAACCGAGGAUUAAGAAAAAGAAAAACAAACAGCUAGCCUGUUUCUCAUUCCUUCCUGAUAAACCUUGUAAGUGGUCCAAAAUCAAUUACUGGUGCAUAUUUGUGUAUCAGAUAAACAUCUGAGAUCCAAACUUGUGACUAUCAUAAGUGUUUCCUUCUCUCCCCGUGUUCACUUUCUUUCAUCACAUCCUCGCCUGAACUAUUUUCCAUCUCUCUUUUUCUCUCUACAAACAUCACCGUACCCACGCUCUGCUCUGCUCUGCUCUUACCCUCGGUCUGCUUUAACUCUGGUUUAGCGAGAACAUAGCAGACAGAGAUAAUUUUAUAUGUAGCGGGAUCUGUUUGCAUAGCAUCGCCCGUACUGUGAAAACAUAGCAAUCAGAUUACACGUGUUUUAAGUGCUCACUUUAUACACCGCAACAAAUAGAAACUCGCUUGGAACGAAAAUGUAUUUGGAUCACUUUUCACUGUUGAUCUUUUCAAAAUGAUAAUGGUAAACUAGUCCACAUUUAGUAAAUCCAGUUCACUAGUAUUCAAGAAGACAAAUUACUGUAGAUAGUGAAACAAUUUCCUCCCCAGUGGAGAAUUAUUUAUUUCAUGUGAAUAAUUACACCCAAAUAUUAGUCAGUAACUGUAUGAUGUAUGAUCUAACGUGUACCUCUGAAUGUCUCAAUGUGCGUCUAAUGUACAAGUGAUUAAUUUGUGCAAUUGAAAGCUUGAAACAUGAAUCUAGUUUCAUGCGAGUUGGACUCACUCUAGUGUAGUUCUUGGGUCUUUGAUUUUAAAUUGCAACUUUACCACGUCAGGAGGAUUCAGACCCUGUGGUUAUUGUGAAUAAAAGAAGUACAAUAACUCGGACACACUCUCUGACGACAUGCCUUACUGACACUGACUGCAUGUGAUUAGUCUGGUUAAUAUUUUAAAUCAAAGUUGAAGCAGCACUGAAACAUCGACCUUAAAAUGAAAAAAGAAGACUUUUUUUUUUUUUAUUGUAUUUGCACGUCUUUCACGGGACUGAAACUUGUUCUGCCGAAAUUGGAAGUCACAAGUGUAGAUUAAAACAAGAGGAAAAUGUCCAAUGUUCUACCUCUCUUGGAGUCACAUGAAUGUCAUCUCAUCGCUGUAAAUAUUUAUUCAUGAGCUGUUGCAUAUGUCUGUUGUGGGUAAAACUAAGAAAAGUUGUACUGUUUACAUGGGCUGCUGAGUGAUGCGUGGGUGUGGGUGUGUGUGUGAUCACAAGAGGAAGAGCUGCCAGAUUAGAACCAGACAAAUAUUAAGAUUAAUAUUAACUGUUUUCUAACCAAAUACCAUGGCGAAUUCGGUUAGCUCCAAUUACAUGUAGAUCACAGUUACACUGGCUUUGCAAGUUUUCAAGGCAUUAAAACAAACGACCAUAUUCCGAUGUCACUUACAGAUGUCCUUUUUGUGAGUAAAGUACUGCAGACUUAGUUUGUUUGGCUGAAUCUGAAUCCAGACCUUCCUUUCUUGCAGUGAGCGUUGGCACUCACUGAAUAUCCAUUAUGGAAACUGUGAUUUGUCAAGUAUCCAUCUGGGCUUAAGAAAAUAAAUCAGCCCGACGGGCUGUUGACCAAACGGAGCAUUCUGUGAAAAAAAAUAAAUAAAUAAAAAAAUAAAACAUCCAAGUACAAAGAUAACCACAGUUUCUCAUAAGGACUAUAUAAAAAAAAACUCUGGAAAAAACUUCCUCAAAAGACUCUUUGUCGACAAAUAAAAUGAGAUCAGGAAAUGUGAUGCUCGUUGCACUGCACCUUUAACCUUUUCGACUGAGCCCAUGAGACAGAGACGUUUUUGUGCUUAUUCAGUCAUCCAGGUUAUUCAUGAAGACUCAGCUUAGCAGUCAUGUUUAAGUGGUGUGUGUGUGUGUGUGUGUGUGUGUGUGUGUGUGUGUGUGAGGCGUGACGUGCAGUGACAGGUGCGGGCGUUCGCGGCAGCUACAGUAUCAGCUGCUGCAGAGGAAAUACAAUCAGCUAUACGGCCUAAAUACACGCUUACACACAUGCUCGCACGCCGCUUUACAGCUCGACAUGAAAAUGUACUGUGCAUGUUUGUCAGGUGUGCGUGACCUCUUUCCAUGGAACAAGUGUCCAGUUUAGGUAUGUUAAGGUGAACGCACAUGCAUGCUUUUAGUUUGGGUGUCCUUUACGUUGACUGUAUCUACUGGUGUCUUGGUGUCUAUUUUUACGGCUGUUUUGUUUUUAGCAUUAAAACGUGGGAUGGAUUGUUCUGGAAAUGUU